AUGGCGAGAACUAGAUCGAGAGUCAACUUGGCAAUUUGUUCCAUAUCGCUUCUACUACUCCAAACAGUUUCCGCUGGUCGAAUACCAGUAUACCCGUCCCCGACCCCCGUGUUGGAUUUGAGUCCGUUCCCAGUCGUCACGGCCGCGCCUUCGCCCGAUCAGGUCAACAAACGCCUCGAAAAGCGCACGGCGAUCGUCAACUCUUGUGCGACAGGAUGUAUUGCCAGUGCCGUGACGAAAUCCACAGAAUGCAAGCUUGGUGAUACGGCCUGCGAAUGUGAGCCUGUGAAUGCCAGUGCUGUCCUAUGGGGGGCAUUUAGUUGUAUCGAGUCUGCUUGUGAGGCACUCUCCGCGGUAAGCGUCAUUUGCGUGAGCGUCUUAAUGCAUGGAAGCACAUCGUCGGUAGGGGUCGUGGCCACAUCGUCGUCAUCGGGUGCUUCACCGACCAGUGGCGGUCUCGAUGGGAACUCUGGUAGUGGAAAUUCUGGAAGUGGAAAUUCGGGUGGAGGUGGAAGUUCUGGCAACAACUCCGGUAAUGGAAACUCAUCUGGCUCAGGAGGAUCAUCAAACACGUCAUCCAAUGGUCUCUCUUCUGGCGCCAUCGCGGGCGUGGCCAUUGGAGCUGCUGCAAUCGUCGUCAUUGCUGCCGCUCUGGUGUAUUACUUUUGCGUUCAAAAGAAGCGCCAGGACAAACUAACGGCCGCCAACGCAGCUUCCGUAGGUUUGGUUGGUGAUAAUCAGCCGCCAAUGGGCUCAAUACCUCCAGCGUCAAACGCAGGCGGCAAACCUCCUACACAAGUUGCAAUGUCAACAACUCCGAUUAAUCCUAACAGUCAUCCUCCAAGUACCUUGAGGACAUCGCCGUACACGAAUACAAUGAAUACCGUCAGUCCGAUAUCUGGCAGGUCUCCACCGAUAUAUCCAGGCACAACGGAAUUGGCUGCAGGUGGUUGGCAGCAACAGCAUCAAGUUGAGGUUAACGGUGUAUACUCUCCGCAAAGCGCCCAGACACUAGUAGGACCGAACGCUCCACAAGGAUAA